AUGCCACUUACGCGCAGCGCUGCCGGCCACCGUGCCGCAGCCCACAAGGGCAGCCAGAACCCUCGGCGAAACCCAAGUCGCCAGUCCACUGCCGUCGCUCGCCCAAAUGCAUCGCGGGCGGCAGCCAAGUCCGGAAGAGCGCGGCCUGUCUACCGAGACUCUUCUGAUACUGAUGAUCCAAGUGAAGCCGAGUCUGCGUCGAGUGCGUCCGAGUCUGAGUCGCUUUUCAGCCAGGCGUCCGAACUGCCUGGUUUGCGUCGGAGGAGCACCCGGACAGCAGCCCGGCAUGGCGGCAGAGCAAAGCAGCGCUCGCAUCCAGCAAGGCCGCCCCAGAGCCGUCCGUCUCCGAAGAAAGCGAGCAAGCCUGGGGCCAACGGCCCUCGUGCCGCUACCUUUAGUUCUCCGAGCAAGCGGCGGCUCACGGCGGCAAAGAGCAUAAGCGGGAACGGGGACGAGCUGCCCCGGGACCCUCAGGACCGCAUCCCGGAUUGGACGGACCCCCGGCUCUCGUUCGAGUUCUGGGUCGGCGUCUUCACGUUUGCCCGCGACGCAGGCGAUGCGGAAGCUCCAAACACACGCUGGCUUCUCCAGGCCGCCACCACCUGCCGCACCCUUUGCGAGCCGGCCUUGACGGCAGUCUACCGCUGUCCCACGUUCAGACAGGCCUCCAAGGCAAAGCGCCUGGCUUCGCUGCUCCAGUCCGCUCCCGAAAAGACCAUGCUCGAUUAUCGUUGCAUGAUCCAGUCUCUGCACAUUGACAUCCACGUUGUGCCGCAGAGUACCGUCUGCCAAAUCAUCCGCUCCUCGCUCUGCCUCAAGGAGGUCAUCUUCUACACUCCCAAGGACCAGCCGCCCUAUAGGGAGCUCGACUCGCACGUCAGGUGGAACUACUCGGACGAUAUCCUCCAAGCCCUCGCAGCGCCAUCCGACAGGCCCGAUGCUCCCAUCAAGCGGACAGGCCCGACAAUGCUCAGGAGCUGGGAGUGGAGCGGGAGGCUUCUGGGCGGUCCUGUGUCCACCUUUAGCGACAUUGUCCGAGUUCACCAAAUGCCUGCAUUCAAUCAUCUCAAACGGCUGAGCUUCACAAACUUCCAGGCGCCCUCGCUGCUCGAGGGUGAUGAUGAGGAUGACGAGGGCCACAACUUGGGGAUGUCACUCAGGAACUACGCUGCCACCACUGCUGUCGCAGACGCCAUCGCCCAGCUCAAGUCUCUGAAGCACCUCGUCUUCGAGUCCUCUACGAUCAUGACGAAACAGCUGCUUUCCCUCCUUCCCAAAGACUUGAGCCACCUGGAACUCAUCAAUUGCUGGGAGAUUGAGUCUGAAGAUCUGGCCCAGUUUCUGCUCACUCAUGGCCAAUGCCUCCGCGCCCUGACCCUGAUGCAUAAUCAGUCGCUCAACCUCGCCUUCUUGACGGUUCUGGCAGAAGCCUGCCCCAAUCUGCGAGAGUUGCGCAUGAACCUGUCGUAUUUUCGACACCACGAUUCAGUCAACGAUUCGGAUCCAAUGUACGACUUUGCCCUCCUCCCGGACCAGGUGCCGACUUGGCCCGCCAGCCUCCGUGUCAUCGACCUCGAGCACAUUCGAAACUGGUCAGUCGAGACCGCAGAAAUGUUCAUCCAGUCGCUGGUGGACAAGGCCAAGGAUCUGCCGAAUCUGCGGCACCUAGUAAUCAAAACCAUGCUCGAUAUCCCGUGGCAGGCUCGCGCUACGCUGAGGUCCAAGCUGAGGCCCAUGGUCGAGCGGGUAUUCCUUCGCGAGUCGGAGCCUCCGCAGUCAUACGCGACCAUUGUGCACGGAGGCACUCCUCACCAGGAACCCGGCUCGCGCAAAAGGAAGCGAAGCUCUCUGUCGGACUCUCCGUUGCGCAGGAGCAGCAGGAUCGAGACGCACGCCAACAGCUCGCCCAGCCGUUCUAGAAAAGGCCACAAGCUGCGGCGCCGUCGGCUCGGAGGGCCGGUGUACAAGGAACCCGACACCGAUGACGACGAGUUUGACGACUCAUACCCCUCGGACAGCGAGGCCUCCGAAGCCCAGCAGGACUCGGCUGCGGGAGAGCCGGCGAUCCAGGGCCUCUGCGACGUUGUCAGCAUCGUCUUUGACAACCAGAAGCCCAGGGAGCUGCCCUUCACCAUGAGCGACUUUGUCUCUGAUGACGGCGUGUCUUCGGGCGAGGAGUGGAAUGGGGACGACGACGAUCAUGACAAUACCAUUGCUUUUUAA